UCAAACACAGCUCCUCUGAGGUUGUGGUCUCAGUUCUGCUGUCAUAUAUUUCCCAACUGAGUGAGUUGGACAUGAGUGGCUGUGAUCUGCAAACAUCAGAAGAGAAGCUGCUCUCUGGUUUUACAAACCCAAACUACAAACUGCAGAAACUGAGACUAGCUGGUUGUAAACUGACAGAGGAAUCCUAUGAGGCUUUAGCCUCUGCUGUGCAGCACAUGGUCUCCCUGACAGAACUGGACCUGAGUGACAAUCACAUAAGCAUCACUGGAAUUCAGCUUCUGAGUUCACUGAAAAGUGACAUCAACUGUAAACUGCAUACAUUGAGACAUGCCCGUGGAGAACUGAUAAAAUAUGCCUGUGAGCUCACACUGGACCCAAACACAGCACACAGAGAUCUCUCUCUCUCUGAGGGGAACAGAAAGGUGACAUGUGGGAUUCAGCAGCAGCCGUAUCCUGACCACCCAGAGAGAUUUGACUCCUGGUCUCAGGUGCUGUGUAGAGAGGGUCUGACUGGGCGCUGCUACUGGGAGGCUGAGUGGAGUGGUGGUGGGGUUUAUAUAGCAGUGGCCUAUAAGAGCACCCCGAGGACAGUGAGGAGUGGGGAGAGCAGCGGGUUUGGACAUAAUGCCAGGUCCUGGAGCCUGUACUGCUCUGGUAACAGUUACUCUGUCUGGCACAAUAAUAAGAGUACUGCCAUACGUGCCCCCUCCUCCCGCUCCAGCAGAGUAGGAGUGUACCUGGACUGGCCAGCAGGCACUCUGUCCUUCUACAGCGUCUCCUCUAACACACUCACACACCUGCACACGUUCCACUCCACAUUCACUGAGCCCCUCUAUCCUGGGUUUAAUGUUUUAUUUGGCUCCUCAGUGUCCCUGUGCCAGAUCACAUGACCUCCUA